GCAAACAUGUAACAGACGCCUCGUGCGCCUCGGCCACUGGCAUAUUCGAUCCGUUCACGAUGCAAUGGGCCGAUUGGGGGAUAAACCUCUUAAAAUUGCCGCGCGACAUCUUCCCGGAAAUAGUAGACACAGUGGGAGACUUCGGAGACACACCCGUGGAGCUGUUCGGCAGGAAAAUCCCAAUUUAUUGCUCGAUCGCCGACCAAGCGGCAUCCUUGUUCGGCUUGGGAUGCUACUAUGCUGGCGAUCUCAAAAUCACCAUGGGAACCGGCACCUUCGUAGACGUUAACACAGGACGAGAGUCGCACGUGUCUGUUAAAG